CUCGACUUACAAUGUCCGGGAUCUUGACCUUACAAGACCUGCAGCCCCAAGGAAUCCUCCAAGACCUCAGUUUGAAACAGCUACAAAGGAGGUUUUAAGGAAAGCCGAUUUUAGGAGAACGCGCUGGUAUAUAGCAAGGGCACUGCCAGCCUAACCCCCGUCGUAGCUGAGGUAAACAAUGCCUCCUAUCCUUACAGUUGUAGUUUUGAUUCGAUGAGCACUGGUUUGUGCGGUUCCUGCGGCUAGGGUUUGAUUUCAAGAUGGAAAGUGUUGAUUUCCUGCGAGUGCCAUAUACAUGUAUUGUUUAUUCGGCAUUGAAAGUUAAAGAAAACACUUGUUUGAUUGGUUCAUUGCAGCUUGACAAUUGUUGAGAUUUGUUAAUUCAGUUAGAAAGCUUUAGUUUGAGUCUGCACCACAAUUCCUAACAAUUCAUUGAAGGUCUUACUUUGUUUUAUCCUUUUCGGUUGCUUCAUCUUCAGUGAGUUCCAAGAUAUAUUUGAUAACUAUUAAUAGAUGUAGAUGUUGCAGGUUGCAGAUACUAAAUUUAGGAUUCAUUUAGGCCCUGUACAACGGCAGGUGCUUAUGCCAGGUGCUUAAGGAAAAAAGACUAGCAUUGCAUCGCUAAUAAACGUGGUCUCGCAAUGGGGAGGUGCUAAUCAGAGGUGCCUCAGUUGGUUUGACGUAGGCACCGGGUGAAGCACCCGUGACUUUUCGGGAGCGGUUAUUUCUUCGAAGCACCGGCUGGCACCGGAAGCAAAUGUUUGCUUCUCCCCCCCUUUCUAAGCACCCGUGCAGUCCAAUCUUGAAAAAAAAACGGUUUUUUUUCUCUGGCACCUGCCGUUGUACAGGGCCUUAGUAUCCAGUGCUUUCAUUUCCACACCGGUACUGAAUUAUUCUAUACUAAAUUUUGGAUUUAUUUUUCAGUUACACCAUGUAUUUGUUUUUUCACUUCCUACCGGUGCUGAACUCUUUUGCUUGGCCAUGAGAAGGGCAGUGGGUGAAAAUGUUGGCUUAGAAAUUUAGAACAUCAAAGAAGUGGUCGGGGGUCUGGUCGUGUUAAGUAAACACUGUACAGAGUCAGUCUGGCACUCCUGUACAUCAAGAAUUAGCUGAACCUUUCAGCAGUAGCACAUAUCUGUAUAUGAAUUUGUGUUCGCAUAUGUUGAUCCUCUUUUAAUAUUGUAGGACCUGCCAAAUUUAGUUGCAAGUAAAGAUGCAGAUUUUUCAUAUAUAGAUGCUGUUUUUUGUUGCUUGCCACAUGUAACAACACAUGUUCGUAGCUUCAUCAUGCUUUUUCUGAGUUUCUUUUCUAUCAAUUGCUGAACUUAUGAAGGAAUCCAGUUAUAUGCUCUGCUCUCAAUUGGAAGAUAAGAUUUCGUAUCGAACACACUUAGAGCAAUGUCUGAUUGCAAGUUUUUUAUCAGGAAAUUAUUAAAGGCUUAUCCCAACAACUGGAGAUUGUUGGUCCCUUUGCGGUAUGCUCUACACAAACACAUGCUUUACCUAUGUUGGUAUCACUUUGGUUGCUAUUGAACAACCAAUCUUUCAGACUUACCAUGCUCGUAGGAUUUUUGAUUGCGUGACAUCAAUGAGUAUGCUGAGUGGUAUGGCCAUGCUCAUAGGGCACCGAAACUUCAGCUGUUCUUGACUACUAUACCCUACAGACUUGUUAAUAUACCAGCCAUUGGUUACACAAAUUUUGAAGUUACUCAGUUCUGAAGAUCCAGUUUCGGUGUUUGAUUACCAACUUGGAUUCCUAUUGAGAUGUUACACUGGAACAUCUGCAUCUUUACAUUACCUUUGGAGCUUGGAUUAGAUUCCAGUGUAGCCUAUGAUGUCUUUUACUCCUCUUGUAUCAUUAUGUUUGUUUAUUGUGAACUCAUAAGAGGCUAUAUAUGGUUUGACGGACGUUCUUGGAGAUGAAAUAAGAGAUGUGCGGCUUGUUGCCAACCCCCGCGUCUAUUCAGCACCCUCUUGUUCCUCUAAUUAAGGUGAAAAUCAAUAAAACUUAUUAGUCUUCCCAGAUCAAAGCAACAAGUGUUUAGACUCAAUAGCCCUCACUUGUGAACCAUCUGUUUUGUUUUUGUAAUAUCCUUUUUUUAUCCAAUAAGAGGUUGUUAUUCAUGUUAUUAUUAUUUAUUCACCUGCAUUGGAUGGUUAUGCAGUAAGACAGUAACAUGCUUCUGUGAGCAAACAUUGAUGUUACCACAGUGCAUGUAAAUAUCAUUUCUUUUAUUUAAAAUUCCACACACCCAAUUCAUAUGAGAGUAUCUUGAGAAGAUCAGUUCUGCCACUGCUGCUGUUGUAGACAGAAUUGGAUGAGCUCUUCCUUUAGUUGCUGCUACUUUUAGCCCUCAUUUCCUUGAGAACAUGUUCAAAUAGAUAAGAAAAUUACGUGGCUAUAGAAGGAUAUAUUUCAUUCAAUAGAACACCAAAGAAAAAUAACUUUGAAAUCUAUAUAUUUUAUUGACUGUGCACCUCUUCCAUCUACCAAAUAACUUCUGUGAGGUCAUCCUGAUCAGAAGUUUAUACAACUUCCCUUCUUUGAAGCUUCUUUUCAUUCCCUUGCUCUCCUCUCUUAUAUGAAUACCUGUUAGGCCGUAAUAUUACCAUGUGCUAAGAUUUUUUUCCUCUGUGUUGGAUUUGGUUACAAGAUCAAGGGAUAGAAAAAAUGAAUAUCGGUGUGCUGCACAACAAUGGAACCUUUUCUUUUUUUUAGUGUGACUAUUCUGUAUUUUGUUUGCUUCGUCCAACAACGGCGUUGACUGGACAAGCCAAUGAAGGAAGGUAGGUUAUCCCUUUGUGUUUACAUUCUUAUGUCUCUCCAGAUGCUCUAUUCUCAAUCAAUUGAAUGAUUAUGUUAGUCCUGCAGUUGUAAUCAAUCCCCGGGAAAAAAGCAACUAGAGCAAUCAAUAAUGCGGGACUACGUCUGCUUCAUGCUCUACAGGGUGUCGGAUGGCUGUCCUAAGCAGAGGGUCGGUGUUGUGAACAUAUAGGCAGGAGGCGCCAUGACGCAGGCCUUUAAUUUGCACGAGCUGAAGCUGCGAACACCUUCAUAUCCUGAUCAUCUGAAAAUCUUUCUUAGUUGCUAUAGUACUCUAUUUCAUGAGGUACUUUUAAUUUUAUCCGAACUUCUAUAAAUGGUUGGUGGUUGGUUCAUUUAUCCACCCAUUAGGUCCUCUCACAUUUUUUUUCUUCUGAAUUUUUUUAAAAAGUGUUCGUAGUAUGUAUGUUGUCCAUCUUAUUGUUUCUCCCAAAUGUUUAUUAGAACUCAAGUUGUUUUCGCUUACUGUGUCGUAAUCUGGUGUUGGAUGGGUUCCAUUAUUGAUUGAUUUUCAGCACCGAUCUGCAAAGAACCAAUUGGUGGCCACAUCUGAGUCCUUCGCCGUGGCGUGGACAAGACGCCCUGCCGGAGCAGGGUGUGGAUGAGUCGGCGUGGACAAGACGCCCUGCCGGAGCAGGGUGUGGAUGAGUCGGUGGCUCCGGUCACGCACACCGGCUGGUACUGCUCUGGCGAGCCACCGCUGCCGUUGCCCGUCUCGAUAUUGCUUGGCAUCUACUUUAGGUGAGGGUGCUGGACGUAGAGAAGGGGAGAAAAAACUGUGGACGCUCUUGCUAGAGCUGUAAUUAUGCACAUCCGAAAAGCAGCUAAGCUGCAGUUUGUCUGUACUGUGCUACAGACGAGAUUCA